UUGCCUAGAGAAUCCCAUGGACUGAGAAGCCUGAUAGGCUACAGUCCACGGGGUCGCAAAGAGUUGGACACGACUGAGCGACUUCAUUUACUUACUUAACCUGCUGAAAGCUGAGUCAUAUUCCGAGAACUAGACCAUGCUCCUGAACCAGAAUUAUGGUACCAGAGAAGUGGGUGACUCUGUGUCGCACUGUGCCCCUUCCCAUGCUUUCUAUACUCAUUAAUUGCCAAAGAUUCUGCUGCAGGUUUGCAGACCCUGUUUUAUUAUGUAAACAAAGUGCCCAGUGGGUAAAGUUGAAAAUGCCAGGCAUUGUUAAAAAUAAUUGUUCACCCUUUUCUUACAUUGCUUUGACUGCCAGUAAUCUGGCCAUGUUUAUUAAGCCACUGCUAUAAGCUUUGCUCACUUGCAUGCUUCGGAUUAAGCAAGGAAAUACUCCAUCAUAAGUAGGCAGUCUGUGUUUAGAGUCUACCAUGAGACAGAUUAAGAAGUUUCUAAAAAGACAGUGAUAUGUUUACCUCUGGUGUUUGCUGAGUGCAUUUCUGUGUUAUAAAGUACACAAAAUGACCAGUAAUUCAAAGCCUUAUUUUCUUAAUGUUAAAAGAUUGUAACUAUUCUAAAUAUAAUGCCAUAUUUGUUAAACUCAUAUCCUCAGUUUUAUAUUUCAGGAACUAUGAAAAUAUGACCAUUCAUGCAGAUAUGGAAUUAUAACAGUUAAUAAAUCAAGAGAUUCAAAAAACAAUUACUUAAGUCAAAAUAGACCAGAAAUUUUUAUUAAAUGGAUUAUGUGAUGUUAACAAUUAAACUGUAAGUAGGAAGAAGACCCACCUGAGGAAGUUUUAAAACAAGCUUCUUUUAACCUUCGAAGCAUAAAGACUACAGGUAGAGGUCACAUAGAGUAAGCACUGUGCUUGGUGUUCAACAGCUUUUAUUCUUCACCCAUCUUACUGUGGUAUAGGUGCUUACAAGAAAUGAAAAGGCAUGUGAUGUGCAGAGGGCUGAGCAUACAGCAUAAUAGGCAAUAAGAUAUUCUUUAGUGAUUAGUUAAAAGAAAUUCUGUCACCAUGUUUUGCAUACUCUGCUUUUUCUCCUCUGUUUUGUGAUAUAUAUGGUACACUUUAUACAGAGUUCUGAUUUUAGCUCUUCACACGUUUCUCUAAAUAUCACCAACUACUUCUACCUGAACCUUAAACAGCCAAAACCUCUAUAGUUCUCUUAUUUGAAAGCCAAUACUUUAAAAUCAAUACAGGUUUUAUCAUGCAUUUUAUGUAGAUUCAUUAUAUCAACCUAACUCUAAAGCUUAACAGUUUUAAAUUCAAGGUUGAAUGUCUUUUUAAAAUUUUAUUUGUCAAAUUUUGUUGAGUGGAGAAAAAGGGAAAGAAAUUAUUGUACCUAAAUUACCAUAUUAUAAGCAUUUGCUCUUUAGUAGUAUCUAUAAAAAUUGCAUAGUUCUACAUUUUUUACUUGCUCAUAUAUCAGAAAAAUACAUGGGAAAUUGUGACUGCAUCUAGUAUGUUGUUUGGAUGCCUGCAAAUGAAUAUGUCUUUAAAUUUUUGUGUUACAUAAAAUAAUAAUCUCAAUAUCUCUCUUUGAAGUUUAUCUAAAUAUAAUCAAGAAAUUUUAAGUGUAUUUGCCCAACAUACAUAAAAUGGCUUAUUGCAAAUUCAGAAUGAAUUGAUUUUUUGUUAAAAAUAUAUUAGCUUGAUGGUGUGUCUUAUAAACUGCAUUUCUACCAAUGCCUAGCAACUUAAAGUGAGUCUGUCACAUUAUUUUAGUCCUUGAGAUAUUGCUGACUAUUUAAGACUAAAACUCUCUGAAGGGUACAUUUGGGCAGAAUUCUUAAAAAAGACCUUUAACUUAAAAUAUUACAUAUAUGUAUACAAAUAAAUGAGUUUAGCCUUAGCUAUAUCAUCCUGUUUUACCUACUCAUGGUUUAAAGGACCUCCAUGUAAUAUAUAUAAAAAUAUAUAUAUGCAUAUAUAUAUAUAUAUAUAUACACACACACACGUAUUGAUGGAAUAGCCAAGACUGGGUGAUUUUUGUCAGUUUCCUUUAGUGACAUCAAAUUUUUUGUAGUGAUACCAGUCAUAUUUUCAGAGGGGGACAGUUUUGAUUAAUUUAUACUUUAUAGACUUCAUUUUUGUGUGACUGAUACAUUGAUAGAAAAGCCAUGUAUAACUAAGGGAGUGUACAGAGUAGUGGGGUACUUGGUUUUACUUUUUAUGUCAAUUUCGCUUUUAGACAUAGUGUUUUCACCUAUUGAUUAUACUCUCUUCUCUCCCCAGCUCACCCCUUAGUUCUUUGCUGUAACUCCUUUACCUGUACCUGUUACUAUAGAAAUACGGUGAAAAUAUAUUCCCAUAUGGCAUACUCACUUCCAAAUAAAUGUACUAAACAUGACUACUUUUUUCCUAUACAGUAAAAUUAAAAUAACUAACCUUUACUUAAGAAAAUUGAGGUUUAUUUUAUUUUAAAUUGAGCUUUAGAAAUGGAGAUUUAGAAUAAGCUGUAUAAAAUUACCCAAUAUUUUAUUUUCCUGUCUCUAGACUGCAUUUUACAAUCAAUUUAGGGAUAUGGAAGCUAUAAAGAUAUGUUUCCUAAAAUGCAGGUGUUUUUUUCCUAAUGUUACUUCCUUGACUAGAACGUAAGUUAUAUUUAUGUAAUCAGGUUCGGUAUACUGGUUGUGGUUAGUAGAGUAUUGCGGAGCAAAGCAACAACUCAAAUAUCCCUCCCAGUGGAGCCCCGGGGGUUCUGAAGUUCAGAGCCAGCUUGUUGCAGGCGCAUUCUCAGCAACAGACUGCGGUUAGAGGGACCAAGGAGCACAUGCAGGGGACGCCUGCUGUAGAGGUCCUCCAUUAAACUGCUGAAGAAACCAGUUUUUCCCUUUAUCAGUAUGAAAAGAAAUCCAGUGAGUUGAGGAAAAUCAACUGAAAGACAAACAAGAAGGGCCAAAAUGAACAAGCACAACAGUUGAUCUGGAGAAUGAAAAUUACAUAGGAAGCAGAAGGAUUCUGAAGAGGCUCAGUCUGUAAAUCCUUCCAGCGUUGAUGAAAAUAUUGACUCUGAGACAGAGAAAGACUCUCUCAUCUGUGAAAGUAAACAGAUAGUUCCCAGUAAAGCACCUCUUCCAUCUGCCCUUGAUGAGUAUGAGUUCAAAGAUGAUGAUGAAGAAGAAAUAAAUAAAAUGAUUGAUGACAGGCAUAUUCUUAGGAAAGAACUGCGAAAAGAGAAUGAAUCUGAAGUAGAAAAGAGUAGUUUAUUUGCAAAACAGGAAAAAGCUUUCUAUCCUAAAUCAUUUAAAAGUAAAAAACAAAAGCCAUCUAGGGUUUUGUAUUCAAGUUCUGAAAGUUCAGAUGAAGAAAUUCUUCAGAACAAAAAGUGUUCUGCUCCAUGUUCUGUCCCUGAAACAUCAAAUUCUGAUAUUCAAACCAAAAAGGAAUAUGGAGUUUCAAAUGAACACAAACAGAAAGGCAAAGUUAAAAGAAAAUUAAAGAACCAGAACAAAAAUAAAGAGAACCAAGAGCUGAAGCAAGAAAAAGAGGGGAAAGAAAAUACCAGAGUAACAAACUUGACAGUUAAUACUGCACUAGAUUGUUCAGAUAAGACCAGAGAUGAGGGGAAUUUUAGGAAAUCUUUUAGCCCGAAAGAUGAUACUUCGUUACAUUUAUUUCAUAUUUCCAGUGGUAAAUCUCCCAAACAUUCUUGUGGACUCAGUGAAAAGCAGUCAACACCACUAAAACAAGAACAUUCUAAAACCUGUUUAUCACCAGGAAGUUCUGAAAUGUCAUUACAGCCUGAUCUUGUUCGGUAUGACAAUAUAGAAUCUGAAUUCUUGCCAGAAAGUUCAAGUGUAAAAUCUUGUAAGCAUAAGGAAAAAAACAAACAUCAUAAAGAUUUCCACUUAGAAUUUGGUGAAAAGUCAAAUGCCAAAAUAAAAGAUGAUGAUCACAGUCCAACAUUUGAAAAUUCAGAUUGCACACUGAAAAAAAUGGAUAAAGAGGGUAAAACAUUAAAAAAACAUAAGUUAAAACAUAAAGAAAGGGAAAAAGAAAAGCAUAAAAAAGAAAUUGAAGGUGAAAAGGAGAAAUACAAAAGUAGGGAUGGUACUAAAGAGCUGCAACGGAGUGUGGAAUUUGAUAGAGAGUUUUGGAAAGAGAAUUUUUUUAAAAGUGAUGAAACUGAAGAUCUAUUUUUAAGUAUGGAACAUGAGUCCCUAACGUUAGAAAAAAAGUCAAAGUUGGAGAAAAACAUAAAAGAUGAUAAAUCAACCAAGGAAAAACAUAUCUCCAAAGAGAGAAACUUUAAAGAAGAACGGGAAAAGAUUAAAAAGGAAAGUGAGAAAUCUUUUAGGGAGGAAAAAAUAAAAGAUUUAAAAGAUGAGAGAGAGAAUGUACUUACAGAUAAAGAAACAGAAUUCAGCUCUUUAGGUGUAAGUGCCACUGAAGACACUAUAGGGUUACAUUCAGGGGAAAAAGAAAUAGAAAUUGAAAAGCAUAUGAAAGAAAGUAAGGAAAAAUCUGAAAAACGAUUUCAAACUAAAGAUAGGGACAUUGAGAGGGCUGACAGAAAAAAUUCUGAAAAAGAGAAGAAGAUAAAACAUGAGCAUAAGUCAGAGAAAGACAGAUUAGAUCCUAGUGACUCUGUCGACAGAAUAAAAGAAAAGGACAAGCUAUAUUCACAUCACACAGAAAAAUGCCAUAGAGAAGGUGAGAAGCUAAAAAACAUUACUACCAUUAAAAAAAACGAUGACAGAGAUAAAAGUAGAGAAAAGAUGGAUAGGAAACAUGACAAAGAAAAACCUGAGAAAGAGAGACAUCCAGCAGAGAGCAAAGAGAAGCACUUGAUGGAAAAAAAAAACAAGCCAUCAGAUAAUAGUGACUAUUCUAAAUCAGAAAAAAGCAAAAAUAAAGAAAAAGAUAGGGAGGUAGAUAAAAAGGACAAAUCUAGAGACAGUGUAAAUAUAAGUAAUUCCAAACACUUCCAGGAAGAGAGAAAGUCAAAUAUAACAGACAGUAAUAAAGCACAACAUGAAAAAACUUUCUCUCUCAAAGAAAAAACAAAAGAUGAACCUUUAAGAACUCCUGAUGGAAAAGAAAAAGAUAAAAAAGAUAUAGAUAGAUACAAAGAACGAGACAAACAUAAGGAUAAAAUUCAACUGAGUAGUUCACUCAAACUAAAAUCUGAAGCAGAUAAGCCUAAACCUAAGUCAUCACCAGCAUCAAAAGAUACUCGGCCCAAAGAAAAGAGGCUCGUGAAUGACGACUUAAUGCAGACCAGCUUUGAAAGGAUGCUAAGCCUUAAAGACCUGGAAAUAGAGCAGUGGCACAGAAAACACAAGGAAAAGAUUAAGCAGAAAGAAAAGGAACGGUUGAGAAAUCGCAAUUGUUUAGAACUUAAAGUAAAAGAUAAAGAAAAAACAAAGCAUGCACUAGCUGAGUCCAAAAAUAAAGAACUUACUAGAUCAAAGAGUUCUGAGUUGACUGAUACUUACACUAAGGAGAAACACUGUAAAGAUGCUGUAAGUAAUAGAUCCCAAUCUGUGGACACCAAAAAUACAAUGAGUUUAGGCAAGUCAUCCUUUGUUUCAGAUAAUAGCUUGAACAGGUCUCCUAGAUCAGAAAGUGAAAAGCCAGGUCUCAGCUCCAGGUCUGUCUCCAUGAUUUCAGUGGCUAGCUCAGAAGAUUCCUGCCUUACUACAAUGACAACCCCAAGGCCUCCAGUUGAGUAUGACUCAGACUUUAUGUUAGAGGGUUCGGAUUCUCAAAUGUCCUUUUCCCAGUCACCGUUUUUGCCAGUUGCCAAAUCUCCUGCCCUUCAUGACAGGGAGCUAGAUAGCCUGACUGACCUAUCAGAGCGGAUUAAAGCAUCGUAUGCUAGCAGGCUUCUGACUUCCCAUCUCCGGGCAUCUUCUGUCGAAGAUGCUAAACUAGUUACAAAUGAAGGGAGAUCAGCUGCAGAAGCCCGAAGAUGUAGCAUGCCCUCUGUCAUUUGUGAGCAUACAAAGCAAUUCCAAACAAUAUCAGAAGAGAGCAGUCAAGAUGGCUCAGCUGUGCCAAGAGAUAUUUGUCCUUCUCCCAAAUCUGAGGUAUCUUCCAACGUGCCUGAAAGAGAACUUUUGAGCGUGUCUAAUAUACAUUCCAGUUUUGCAGCCUCUCCAACUAGAUCUAUAAACAGCAAAUAUAAUUCUGCUGAUACAAAUGUCAUCAAGGGCGCUGCUCCCAUGGGCAUGCUGAUGGGCAGUCCUGUGCACUUAGAGCCCUCUAAUCAGGUUGGUGUGAUCCAAAGUAAGUCAUGGGAGAUGGAGUCGUUAAACACCGGAGACUUUAGCUGCCCAAAUUCUGCUGCACCUGAUCAAGAUUCUUCUGUUCAGGGUUUUUGUAAUCCUGAAAACAAAGUAUUGAGAGAACAGAAUAUUGAUUUUGUGUCCGUGCACCAGACUGAAUUGCCAGGAAACACUUGUGCUCAGGAUCCAGCAUCCUUUCUCCCUUCCCAGCAACCUUGCUCUUUUCAUGGCCAAUCACUUUCAGAUGCUGAAUCUAUUUCCAGACAUACUUCUUUGUCCUAUGUCACCACUCAAGAACCAGGUAUUCUACAGCAGAAAAAUGCAAUUCAAAUGAUCAGUUCUGUUUUGGAUACUGAUACUGAACCUACAAAAGAUAUGGAAAAUACUUUUGUCCUAACAGACGUUCAGAAGACAGAUGCCUUUGUCCCAGUGUACUCUGAAAGCACUGUUGAAGAAGCAGCACCAAAUUUUGAGAAAGCUAGUACUUUGCCAGUAUUGACAUCAGAAAAGGACUUUAAUGGAAGUGACGGGUCUUCCCAGCCAAAUCCUCAUUACGCAUUUAGCAAGCUAAUGUUUAAGUCUUCCAGUGGCCAUGAGGCUGAAAAAAGCACUUCUGAUACUCAGGAUACUUCACAUGAAAAAGAAAACAAACUGGAGAGUUUGGUUUUGACUCAUUUAAAUGAUAAGUGUGAUUCUGAUUUAUGUGAAAUGAAUGCAGGAGUGCCAAAAGGAAAUCUGAGUGAACCAGAUAAUCCAAAACAUUGUCCUGAAAGUGAGAAGUGUUUGCUUUCCAUCGAGGAUGAGGAGUCACAACAGAGUACUUUAUCGAGUCUGGAGAACCAUCCACAGCCAUUGGCUCCACCAGAAAUGCAUAAAUACGGACACUUAGUUAAAGUAGAACUAGAGGAAAGUGCUGAAGAUGAUAAACCUGAAAACCAGAUCCCUCAAAGGAUGACCAGAAACAAAGGAAACACAGGAGCCAGUCAAAGCAAGCAGCUUCUGGCCAGCUGUGCACUGUUGCCAGACAAAGACAGUGAGUCUGCAUCCCCUCGAGGAAGAAUAAGAUUAACUGAGGAGGACGACCCUCAGAUUCACCACCCGCGGAAAAGAAAAGUGUCUCGGGUGCCUCAGCCAGUACAAGUGAGUCCGUCUCUGCUGCAAGCAAAAGAGAAAACCCAGCAGUCCCUGGCUGCCAUUGUGGACUCGCUGAAGCUCGAUGAGAUCCAGCCAUACAGCUCAGAGCGCGCAAAUCCCUAUUUUGAAUACUUGCACAUAAGAAAAAAGAUUGAAGAGAAGCGCAAGUUGUUAUGUAGUGUGAUCCCUCAGGCACCUCAGUAUUACGAUGAAUACGUGACGUUUAAUGGGUCAUAUCUCCUGGACGGAAACCCCUUAAGCAAGAUCUGCAUACCCACAAUUACACCCCCACCUUCACUGUCAGAUCCACUUAAAGAGCUUUUUCGACAACAGGAAGUUGUCAGGAUGAAACUACGUUUGCAGCACAGUAUUGAAAGGGAAAAACUCAUUGUAUCCAAUGAACAGGAGGUUCUUCGGGUUCAUUACAGAGCUGCAAGGACACUGGCAAAUCAGACACUGCCAUUCAGCGCAUGCACGGUUCUCCUGGACGCGGAAGUGUACAGCGUGCCCCUGGAUGCCCAGUCUGAUGACAGUAAAACUUCUGUGAGGGAUCGCUUUAAUGCAAGACAGUUCAUGUCAUGGUUACAAGAUGUGGAUGAUAAAUUUGACAAAUUAAAGACCUGUCUUUUAAUGAGGCAACAGCAUGAAGCUGCAGCUUUAAAUGCCGUCCAGAGGUUAGAAUGGCAGCUCAAACUCCAGGAACUUGAUCCUGCCACCUAUAAAUCUAUCAGCAUCUAUGAAAUUCAAGAGUUUUACGUUCCCCUGGUUGAUGUUAACGAUGACUUUGAAUUGACUCCUAUAUAGCAGCCGUUACUUCCUGAUGGUGUCUUAAACAAAUGAGGCUCAAGAGUGUUACGCUGUGGAAUGCUGCCUUUUGACAAAAAUACGAUAUUAUGCCUUCACAAUUGUUAGUAAAGUUCAACUAAAGUUGGUGAUGUAGUAAACACUGUCAUUUUAUUAAAAAUGAAAAGAAUUAUUUUGGAUCUUAGAUCCAAGCAGUUUCUAACUGAAAACUACUAUUUAUAUUGGUGGAAGGUGACUCACAUUGGAGCCCGCCCGUUGGCAGAUGUCAUAGUUGAGUAGGGAGCAGAGGAGCUGCUAAUGGCGCUGGAAGCUGUUAGCGCUCUGUGUACGAGGUGACUGCGGGUGUUCAGGUUCUGUCAGUCUGCUAAGAUAGAUCAACAAACUAAAAGGCGCAGUUUCUAAUGUGGAAGGAAAACUUGGCACAAAAUUUCUUCAGUUUAUUUUAUCUGUAAGUUAAUUGUAUAGCUUUCUUUUCGAAAGUUUUAAUAUUGUCUUCCUUUUUAAUAACUUAUUUUAUAUAUAUUGUGCAGAUGUAAAUCUUGUAAUUAAUGGUCAAAAUGUAUACAAAGGGAUUGGUAGUCAAAACAUAUACAAAGAGAUAAUUGUAAAACUGUUUUGUCUAAUGUUUUAUUGGACCAAAGUUGUAGUUUGUAUGGUAUGGAGUGUAGUGAUAGUGUGUUGAGGUAGCAGGACCUUUAAAUAAGGCAUGCGUGUCUGCAUUAGCUUGUUACCAUCACAGAAUUGUAGAGACUGUGACUUAGCUGCAUGCUUCCUAUAAUUUAACCCUCUCCACAGUGAUGCCUGGCGGUAGUGUAAGGUGUUUCAUACCAGUCUCCCAGGGUAGGACCUUUGGCUUACUAUGUUGGACAUUUUAUUUAGAAUUAGUCAUGCAAAGAAACAGCUCUUUCUUCAUCUCACGAUAGAGCCUAUUCUCCCUCCCCCCAAAAAAUGCCUUUGAAUGAAAAUUCUGAAAUUGUAAAUGUCUAUUUUAAUACUCAAGUAUGAAAGAAUCUGUGAAUAUAUGUAAAUAUGUUUAAUAAAUUUUAUUGGUCAUGUUAAAUCAUUGUAAAACUUUUUUACAUUGCUCAAAUAUAAUGUUUUAAGCUUAAUAACCUUUGCACUUUUAAAUAAAAACUGAGUACUCAAGAAAGAAAUACUUGGUAGUCACAAUAAGUAAAAGCAAUGGGCAUAUUCCUAUUGACCUCUGCAAUGUUUAUGAAAAAUUAAUAUGUUGUAUUUUUUCCUUGUAUCAAGAUGCAAAACAUAUACUUUUCAGAAUUUUAUAAUUAAAGUAAGAUUUGGUAUGCUGUUUUUUAGUAAAAUAAUUAGCAAUAUACAUAGAAAAAGUCCAGUUUCUCCUAUAACAUGAUGUCAAUUAAAUGUUCAGGAAUAUUUCAGAUUUGAAACCUGCUGCUAAACUUAUUAAACAUUUUUUGAAAGAAAAUUAGGUUAUAUGUAAAAUGGAUCAUAAGUAUAUGAAAUAAAAUUUACAGAACUUUCCAUAAUACCUUCUUAAAUUAUAAAAUAAUACUGGAUGUUUUUUAUUCCAGUAGAAGUAAAGAAUAUAUAAGGAAUAAAGUGAUUUAAAUUCAGCUAGCAAGUUGGAAGUCCCAGCUAAUGGGAAAGAAUGUAAAAUUGAAGUUUUUGAGUGCAAAGGUAUAUAUUAAGCUUAGGGCUUUUGAAUUUUUACUUCAGUUUAUAUUUUAAUUCAUACUGUACUUGGCAUGCGCAAUAAAGCAGCACAUGUGAAAAAUACACAGUGCAAGGACUUUAUUAUAAAGAUUGGAUGUAGUAGUCUUUAGAAAUUUAGAUGAAAGAUUUUGGCCUUUUUUAUUGGAUAAAUGAGGCCAAGAAAGGCAGGGUAGAUUUUAAAGCACUGGUUUUGUUGAAGUUAAGUUUAUUAAGGCUGGGAACAUUAAAAGCUAAUUUAUAAAAGCAAUACUUUUUAAUAUGAAAAAAUUAAUGCAAAUUGUGUUUAUACUUUUGCCUAAAAGUAAAAAAACCAGAUUACUGAGCAUUGAAGUCACAGAAAAUAAAAGAAGGGGAAGUUCAUACAGCAUUUUGUUCUGAUGGUUCAACCAGAGAUGGGGGACGGGGGAAAAUAAAAAUCACUGUUUGGCCAAACAGAACAAGCUGCAGAAGAGAAAAACCAAACAAGCAGAAAUCUGGCGUUUUUUAGUCACCCCAGCGUCUUAGUACUAACCACAGUUCUCUCCCUCUUCAACGGUACCUCAAGUUGCUGGAGCCUGUCUGCCAUGAUUCUGCUUCUGCAGAUUUCCUCUGUAAAGUGACUCGAAGCCAAUUGGAAUAGCUUAGAAAAAAAGAGUGAAUGCCUUGUCCGGAGGAAUUUAUACUUAAGUAAGUAGUUAAGGGCUCUUGAUAUUAAAGAUAUUCUGAAGCUCUGAAAUGCUAGGAAAAAAAACUUGGAAUGAAGUCUAUGCCUAAAAUGAUAUAAGAUUAUGAAAGAAAUAAAAGGAUGGUUAGUUUAAUCAGUGAUUUUUUUUUUUAACUGUUCAAAUAUCAUGAACAAGAUACUAAAUUGUACCUAAGGAUUUGUAUUUCUUUAAAUCUUGUUCUAAAUCAUAUCUGUUUAAUAAAUGACUAGUUGAUAUUUGUGCAUGUUAUUUAAUAAAGAGUUAUAUUUUUAUAGAAAAAA